CCUCUUGCUCCUUUCGCGCUCCGGCCGUCGAGCUCGCGUGCGCGCGGGGCGGGCACCGCCGCCGGCGCCUCUCCAUCCCCGCCGGCCCAGCCCGGCCCGGCCCGGACUCGCCUUUCGCAGCGCAGCAGCCGCAGGACCCGGGGGAGAUUUCUUGACACCUGUUUUUUUGCGGUUCUUGUUUGUCUGCUGCUUCCCCCGCCGCCCUCGCGCAGCUCUCGGUCUCCGAGCGGGACCGGAGCGUUGCUCGCAGCCUCCCCCGGGCCCGCUCGCCACCUGGGCUGGGACGCGGCCGGGGGCGCAAAUGAGUGCCAGGCAGAAGGAGCCGGAGUUUGAGCCCCCGCCGGGGGGCGAGGAGCCCGGGCCCGAGCCCCAGCCCGGUGUCAGCUCCGAGGAAGAGUUCGACUUCUCCACCUUGUUCGAAUACGAUUAUUUGAAGCCCAUAGAAGAAGAACCGACUCCACAUAAAACCAACAGCCCACCCACUGGAGUUUCAUUCGCUUAUGAUGUCUCGGACUAUGGCCUCAAGCCAUGCCCCCUGGCUUAUCCUAAUCUUUCUGCAGAUCCCAUGGGCAGAUAUGGACAGCCAGAUAGCAUAGGGACAGCACCUACAUACCCUGCAAACACUGCAGGGGCCUCUGCUCUGAGCCCUAGGAUUGAGAUCACUCCAUCUCAUGAACUGAUUCAUGCAGGGGGUCCCUUCCGCAGCAAAGACACAGAUCUUUUGGUAGAGCAUCAGUCCAACUCAGCUACCACUACCCCAAGGUUUACCUUGCCUGUCCCUGGCUUUGAGGGCUACAGAGAACCGCUGUGUUUGAGCCCCGCUAGUAGUGGCUCAUCUGCAAGUUUCAUUUCAGAGACAAAUUUCUCUCCUUACACAUCACCAUGUGUUUCACCAAAUAAUGGUCCUAGUGAUGACCUUUGUCCACAGUUUCAAAACAUCCAUACUCAUUAUUCUCCUAGAACCUCUCCAAUAAUGUCACCACGAACAAGCAUCACGGAGGAAACCUGCUUGGGACCACAUUCACCAUCACCCCGUCCCAACUCAAGGUCUUCAUCACCAGGUGCAAAACGGAGACACUCUUUCACUGAGCCCUACAGCACUCAGCCGCUUUCCACAUCUCCACGACAGUCAAGGACCCCCUCUCCCCAACCCUCUCCUCGCAUCACCUUGAGAGAAGACAGCUCUACGCUCACUUACACCCAGCUGCCCAGCUCGUCGAGUCUCAUGGAUGCUAUGAACAGCCUCACCACAGACCCUUCUUGUGGUAUUCCUACAAAAAUUUGGAAAACCAGCUCUGAUCCCUCAUCAGUGCCUUCUCACAAAAACAGCCUUCCAUGUCACAUCUUUCAGACGGUUGACUAUCCUGGGCCUUGCGAUCAGGAGGAGAGGAGAAACUCGGCCCCUGAAUCCAUUUUGUUAGUACCUCCAUCUUGGCCAAAGCAACUGGUUCCUGCCAUACCCAUCUGCAGUGUACCUGUUGCAUCCCUCCCGCCUCUGGAGUGGCCGCUCUCCAGUCAGUCUGGCUCUUAUGAACUGCGGAUUGAAGUUCAGCCAAAGCCCCAUCAUCGUGCACACUAUGAGACCGAGGGGAGUCGAGGAGCAGUCAAAGCACCAACAGGGGGCCAUCCCGUGGUCCAGCUUCAUGGUUACAUGGAGAAUAAGCCCCUGGGUCUCCAGAUCUUCAUUGGGACAGCGGAUGAACGGAUACUUAAACCUCAUGCUUUCUAUCAAGUCCAUCGCAUUACUGGGAAAACGGUCACCACUACCAGCUAUGAGAAAAUCAUUGGCAACACCAAAGUUCUUGAGAUCCCUUUGGAGCCCAAAAACAACAUGAAAGCAACCAUUGACUGCGCGGGGAUUUUGAAGCUGAGGAACGCCGACAUCGAAUUGCGGAAGGGAGAGACGGACAUCGGCAGGAAGAACACCCGGGUGCGGCUCGUCUUCCGCGUGCACAUCCCCGAAGCCAGCGGAAGAAUUGUGUCCUUGCAAGCGGCGUCUAAUCCCAUUGAAUGCUCCCAAAGGUCUGCUCACGAACUUCCAAUGGUUGAAAGACAAGAUAUCGAUAGCUGCCUGGUUUACGGUGGGCAGCAGAUGAUCCUGACUGGUCAGAACUUCACAACAGAGUCGAAGGUUGUAUUCACAGAGAAGACCCCAGAUGGGCAGCAGAUCUGGGAGAUGGAGGCCACCGUGGAUAAAGACAAGAGCCAGCCUAGCAUGCUUUUUGUAGAGAUACCAGAGUACCGUAACAAGCACAUCCGUACGCCUGUGAAGGUGAAUUUCUAUGUCAUCAAUGGGAAAAGAAAAAGAAGCCAGCCACAACAUUUUACAUUUCACCCAGUGCCAUCAAUCAAAACAGAGCCCAUUGAUGACUAUGAUCCAGCCUUAAUCUGCAAUACAGUACACAGUGGUCUGGGAACUGUAACACAGCCUUACUAUUCACAGCACACAAUGGUCACCGAAUCCCCUUCCUGUCUUGUGGCCACUAUGGCUUCCUGCCAGCAGUUGCGUUCAGGCCUGUCUUCUCCUGAUUCUCGAUACCACCAGCAAAACCCAGCAGCUGUAAUAUACCAAAGAAGCAAGAGCCUCAGUCCAAGCCAGUUGGGCUACCAGCAAUCCAGUUUGAUGGCCACACAGGUUUCUAUUUCAGAUGCACACAGAUCAGUGCUGGUGCAUGCUGGUUCCCCAGGCCAAACCUCAGCAGUGCUCCAUCACUCUCCAGCCAAUCAACAGUCUUCUCCUGUGAUUCACUAUUCUCCAACCAAUCAGCAGUUGAGGUGUGGAAGCCAUCAAGAAUUCCAGCAUAUCACAUGCUGUGAAAAUUUUACGUCCAACGUAGCAAGACCCAGCCAGCCUCAGGUCAGUCAAGCACAAAGGAUAAGUCCAAGUUCAUAUCCAACCGUGAUUCAGCAACAGACAGCCACAAGCCAGAGAGCAGCAAAAAAUGGACAACCAGUUAGCGAUCAGAAAGAAGUAUUACCUGCUGGAGUCACCAUUAAACAGGAACAGAAUCUGGACCAGGCAUAUCUGGAUGAUGUUAACGAAAUUAUCAGGAAGGAGUUUUCUGGACUCCCUGCCAGAAAUCAAACGUAGAAGAAGAAAUUUGUGAGACAACUUUUACUGAAUCCUUCCAUAACUGACCUCUUAGAUCCUUCCACUGCCCCUACAACCUCCUGCUUCCUUAACUGUUCAUCUCAAGGCACCGAUUCAAUGCAAGGAACAAUGUAUUGGCAUCAAGCUGACAGCCUUGACUAAGCAACUCACCACCUCUCUCUGUAAACAUCAAAAAGGACACCCUUCCUUUAAUCCAAAGAUCAUUGUUCUCAUAUACCGAAGCAUGUGUCUAAGGAAACUCUUCGUGCCUGCUGCAGAAAAACACACACACACACACACGCACGCACACAUGCACGUGCUUGUGUGUGCAUGUGUGUGUUUGUGUGUGUGUGUGGGUUUCCUAAUAAUAAGGGAGUAGAAAGUUGUCACUCCAGAGCUCUGUAAAGCCAUUGCGUUUGUAUAUUUGUGCUUAUUUAGAUAAUAUGGAAAAUAUGGGAAGAGAGCUCCCAUGCAUUUUAUAUAAGAAUAACAUCACUUGCCUUAAAGUAAUAGUACAUUUUCUCCCAGAUCAUAAGCCUGUUAAAAAGGUGGAUUAGCUAUUCUUAGUCCAAAUUUUAUUGUUGCAGGGAAACCAAGUCAUAGGGAGGCUAAGUUAAUUGCCAAAGCUUGCACAAGUCAUUGCCUAACCUGAGAACAGAACCAGUUUUUUUCCAACUCUGAGCCCUGUGCUCAGAACACCAAACAGGAGGUGCCCAGUGAAUCCAGGGCCUUUCGUUUUUCUUAUCCAAACUUUUAUGCCUUUGUAGAAGAGGGAUACUUGAAAAGAACUAACAAAGAGGUCAGCUUAAUAUUUCCAAGCAACAGCCCAAGUUAAAUUAAGCCUAGAAAAUGAAGACGCAUCUGGUGGUGUUAGAGAAAUCGUUCUGAACAGAAUUAUGCCCAUCCCAAGAAUUUGUGGUUGGCCCACGUGAAUGUUCACCUAAUGCAUAUACAGCUCCUUAGAUUUUUUGAUAAUGAAAUCUGCUGUUUAUUUUAAGAUAGAGCUUACCUUCAAUUCCUAACUGUUCUCAUUUAGCAGCCAGAAUAUUUAACCACACAAGCUUCAGGGAAAAUAGUUACAUCCAAAAGAAACCACCAUUUUUCAAAGCCAGUGGCAAUUUCUAGAGGCUUUAUUUCAUUGCUAUACAUUGCUUGUGAUGCCAACACAUAGCUUUAAUGUGCUGUACUGAUGAAUACUUAUCACUAUAAAGAGACUAUCUAACAUCACUGACAUCAACAAUUAGCCACCUAGUAAGCUUUCUGAGUUUUAUGCUGUCUUUUUUUAACACAUCAUUGCUAUGUUGGCCUGACAACAUGCAUGGCAUGCACUGAUCAUAAAUAUAUAGUGAGGGCUAAGCAUGAUAGAUAGUCCAUCAAAUAAUAAUCUUUCGUACAGAAAUCAAUAGCCUUUAGAAGCUCCUAGGAAAUAUGCAGAGUUGGAGAUCUUUCCAAAAGACCCCCCCACUUGGAGUGAAAGACACCAUGGUCUCAAAAUAAAGACGGCUGAGCACCUCUGUGUCUACAUCUCCACAGCAUGAAUUAGUUUAUUAUGAACAAAUUAGAUCAACUAAACUUAAUGUGGAAUGUUCUCCCGAUGGCGCAAGAAAGAAAACAGCAUAAGCGCCCUGGAGGAAAAGCUGAAUUUGGCUCAAGCAUUCUUCAUAAUUACAGUAAAAAUGUAUCGGUAUUUUUUACAACUCAAGUUUGCCACCUAAGCUAUGCAAGGGCUUAUGUUUGGAGAGAGAGGGGGAGACUGUACUGUUCAGGAUGUCUUGUCCAAAAAUUGGCCUCGCUUAGUGCCUUGGAUCUUAAAUAACCCUGGAUGUUAGGAGUAUUUGAAAUCUGAAUUCUGCAAGUGGGCCAACUAAAAACCCAGGCUUUAACCAUUCUCAGGGCAUUCAAACCCAGGUCUGUAUUUGGAGCAGAAUUUUGUGGCUUGAGUCUCUCUCUGUUCUUAACCCCAAACUGGCACUUAGACAGCUGGAGUGAUUGUGAAGUUUGCUUUUCUUUGCUUCCUUCACAAGGGGGUCUAACAUAUGCUGCUUGUAUAUUUUAGACAAUGCUAGCAUAACAGAGACAUUGCUUCCAUUAGACAGUAAUAUUCUGCUUCGUAUGAUUCAGAUCUUUUCAGAAAAUUAUUCCCUAAUAUGUCAUUUCAGCAACACUAAAAACUAAAUAUUACACCAUACUCUUUCUUCCUGCUGUUCACGUUGCCAGCUACACAUGAUCCCUAAGUAAAUGAUACCAAAGAAGUAUCUUUUACCCAGUGAGGUUAAUAGGCUGCUUUUUUGCCAUUGGCUUCCAUAGGAACAAACCUGGGGCUUUGAGUCUGAUUCAUUAAAAUGACCUAUAUAUAAAGUAAAAGCAUUGCAUAUUAAACACCACCUCUAGUGGUCUAGUAUUGGAACACAUUCAUUUCCCCCAGAAAAUCUAUUUGAAUUUAUUGCUUAAAGAAUAUUCCCUACCAUGAGAUAUUCAGGAACUCCGGUUCUUUUUAAGGCAGCCUGAAGUUCCAGACAAAACAUCCAUCUGUUGUCAACUGUGUGGAUUCUCGAGGAGACAGCAAGUUCACCUUUCAGGAGCUGUUUUAUCUAAUUUGGCAUUAAAUGAACAAGUGUGCAGUCUAAAGGUGUUUCCCCUGUUUUAUGCAAAGAACUACUAAAAAUCCCCAUCAAAAAAAGAAGUUAUUUGGCAGCUCAUCUCCCCACGUAAAUAUUUUCCUUUUUCUUGUGGGAUAUUUAAUAAGCAGCACAAAGAACUAGGGAGACUUAUUUUCACAAUUAAGUGGCGAGAUGGCAUGUUUGACCACACUGUAAUUUAUUAGGUGGCAAUUUAAAAUUAAAAAAAGAAAGAAAGGAAGGAACAAAAAGGGAUAGUGUUCUGUUUAGAAAUGCCUGCCUGAUUUGCACAUGCAAAUCCACUAGAAACCCUGCUGGGUUGGGCAUACAAUUACCAUACUGGAAUGUGCUGUAAUAGUAGUACCUUUCCAUUGUGUGUGCUUAACAACCCUGGUACAGCCCUCCAAUUACUGUUUUGAGCAUCUUGCUUUGUUGCCCCCUUCUUAAUGGUUAUGCUCUUCUGACUGUGAGGCAUGGCUGCAGAAACCAGAAAGAAAAGUAUAAACAGAGAAACUAAGGGCUUUGAUCCUGGGUUGUGACUCAUACAGCUGGUGUAGUGCUCCACGGAAGUCAGAUUGUGGGAUCCACCCUGAACCAUGCUCGCUCUUCUGUUUCUGUGGAAGACUUAAAAGUCCAUUGAUCUUAUGUUGUCCUUCAAGAACUGGGCUGUGUAGGGUAGGACAGUAAUUUUCAUGUGCUGCAAAUUAUAUUAAGCUGGUUGCAUUUCUUCCUUAUGUUUAAAACAUAAAAUAUGGUAAUUCACCUGUAUGUGUGUUGGUGUGUGUGCAGAUCCAUGCACCAACCAGUUACAGACUUGGGUCGUGAUCCUGGCUCUGGCUCCAUUCAGGUAAUGCUGUGUACCUGCAUGAGGCCAGCCUCAGGAUUGAGCCCCCAUAGAUGUAUAUAAUAUAGACUACAUUUUAGUGGUUUUAUUUACAGCUACAUGAAGCAGGCUAUGCUACUGUAUCUGCUUGUCAUCAUUUUACAUGCAGCCAUUAGAUAACAUAGUCUUAGCCAACUUCAUAUUUAUUUCUGGAGGAAGGGAGGAUCCUAAGACAGAGUUAUGCAUUUUCAUCUCUUUCUUUUAAUAAAAAAAACCCCCAAAACAACAGAUAUGUUAAAAUAAUAUAGUUAUGCUGAAGAGCUUCAACGUAUACAGUACUAAAUUAUUUCCUGUUUUUGCUGAGCAGUGUUUUUCCAGUAUUAAUAUUGUUACAUAAAUAAGAAUUGCUCUCUCUCUCUUGCUCUCUCUCUCUUUCUGUAGAAACAUUAGGUUCACCUUGGAAGAGUUAAUAGCUUUUAGUGAGUAAUUUGUUCUCACUUUAUCUGGAAGAUAGCCAUAUUUGCACAUGAGGAAAUUCUGUCUUUCCUCAGUUAUCUGAAUGUUUCACCGCAGUGCCUUCCUGCCAUUGUACCAAAGGCCUUCCAAAUAUAUUGUCUGAAGGGUGAACAGCUCUAAUGCGUUUUCCAUCAAUGUUAUACCAUGCUAAGUACAUGGGGUUCAUUGUAACUCAAAGUUCAUCUCUAUCUUUUUUAUUAUUAUUUCCAUUUUUUCCGUUAGAGCUUUGGCUGCAAAUUACAGGAUGAGCUUCUAUAAUUGUUGCAUUAACUAUAUGAAUGCAUAAAAUAAAAUCAUAAUUCUUGAUAUGUAAACAGGCUGAGAGUGUAAUGAGAGUGCACAGAUACCGGGAAGAUUUUUUUUUUUGUUAGAUAUGAAUGUUGGAAGUAAAGUUUGCCAGGGGAGUAAUUGCUCAUGAAGGUAUUUGCAAUGAAAUAUAAAGUCCUGUGUUUGUUUUUCUCCAUGAGAAUGAGCAAAAUGUAAGACCUGAACAAUAGCAAAGGAAUGAAAGCGUCUAUUGUAUGUGUUUUUAUUGGUAGAAAGAAUGUAGAAGAGCCAUGGUUUUUUGCACUUGCUUUAUUUGUAUCCGUGUAAAUAUGUAUCACUUCCAUUCUUCUUGUAGGAAUACACCGUUUUCUGAAUGUAGAAUAUUUCCAAAGACAGCACUAUGUUAUUCUCCAUUGUAUAAAAAUGCUGCUGCUUGGUAAUAUAUCUAAAAGAGUUCUCAAAAUUAGCUAGCAUGUUUUUUAAAAUAUAUUUUGUAAUCCAUAUCUUUAAAAAAGGAAAGUGUCUAUGCUUUUUAUCUUCCCCAGUAUACAUCUUUUGAAUUAGGGAUGAUAUUUAUAAAUGGUCAGUUUGCAUUUUUCCAAGUGUCUUAACUUUUCUAUGCAUUUGUCAUUGAACUAUUUUUUCCCAAAAAACAAUAUUUUGAUAAAUAUUCCAAUGACUCCACACACAGCCUUGAACAACCUGUUUUUCUAAUCUGACUUCACACUCCCUCAAAUCAUUACUUAAUAGAGAAUAAAUAUUUCCCCCUUUGGAGUCAAGAAAACAUCUCUCUAUAUAUAAUUUUUAAAUGGGUAAAAGAGCUGCACAAAUUUUGCACCACUGUGCUCAACUUUCAUUCUCUGUAUUGAAUGCUUAUUUUUUAUACUGUUUAGGCCUGUGCAAUUGGAAGGGAUGCCUAAUAACCGCAAGUUCCCAAAACACUCAAUUACAUAUUGUUUUCUAGUCUUUUGCCUUAUGUAUUUUGUACUGCCUAUGAUUUUACAUUUGUAGUUUAAGGUAUCUAGUUUGCUAUCAAAUGCAAAAGUGUAUAGUUCUUAAUACACUGGGGACUGUCCAUCACUUUGAACGUUUUGUGUGAAAUUAAGAGUUUUCCCUCCUAUCUAUGUUACUUUAUAACUCCAGUGGAUGACAGCUGAUAACAAUUUUCUUAACCAUCAGUCAUUAAUUUCCUCUAUUAUAGUCUAUGUACAAUUUGUUUAUCCAUGGUUUAAUUGUUUCCAGUGUAGCGUCCAAAGAAACAAACUAGUACCUGACCACUGAUGCAAUAAAGUUUCAAAUGAAGGUGCUGGUAGCUGUAAAGAGACAUAUAUCAAAAUGACUGGCAACUGGAGAAAUGUUAUAUUUUGAGUUCUUUCUCUAUAAAAACAGAAAUGUCAGCUAAUUCCAGCAUUUACAGUUGUUUAGAAUGGCUGAGACAAGAAAACUAAUAGGAUCUACACAAAUGCUAAAAGGCUAUGCUUUCCAUUCCCGAUCAAUCCAUAUAUUUGUAUUAGCAUCAUACUAAGACCUAGAUUCCAACAUUCUUAUUUAUGCUGGGCAUAUCUACUUGUGCAUAUACAGCAGCUUAAAUGUAGUGAAAAGUAAGUGGGAAUAGGCCAGCGUCUACACGUACAGGCAUUAAGGCAUAUUAACACUGUGUGUGGACUGACUUGGGACUAAAGUUAGUCCCAAGUUAGUCCACACACACGGUGUUGCUGCGCAGUAAGGUGUCUACACAUGCAUUACUGCACAGUAACUAAUCGGGGGUAAAUUUAAUACCUCCAUGAAACAGGUAUCAAAUUUACACUCAAGUCAAUGUAAGUCACCAUAUUUACUAUGCAGUACAGGUGUACAUGUGUAGAUGCAUGCCCAUACUGCAGAGUAAUUUUGGUUACUGCGCAGUAGAUGUGCACAUGUAGAUGCACUGCUGAACACAGAUUUACUACGCAGGUAGUUCAAUGUGACUGUGAGUGUAGUCAGGUGCUAUUCAGUGAGUAAGGGUAGCAGUGACUGGGACGUAAGUAAAUUAAAAUGUUUUGAUAUUUCUUCAUUCCCAGCCUCACUGCUAAAGUCUUGGCCUAUGUUUCGUUAACACCUGAAAUGAGCAAAUAACUUUCCAAUUAUUCUAACGGAUUUUUUUCUAAUCAAAUUGCUUGUUCAAAAGUCUAACUUUAAAAAAAGGGAAAUGGGGUUUAUAUCAUUCACAUUCCUAUGCAAAACAUUGUUAACCUCCAAUUUAAUGAUUUUUACUAUCUGUAAAAUAUUUUUAUAUAGCCUGUACUAUGGUAGUUUAGCAAUAAAUCAAAGGACAUUG